AUGGAACUCAACUUUCUGUUCCUCUCUGCGCUCUUUAUUCUUAUCGCCGCUGCCAAGUCCACGGCCCAGGCACAAGCUUCUAUCCAAUGUCCUAGCCUUCCUCCUGCUGGCCAUGCCUCCCAAUCUUACUGCAAAAUGUCCGACGGUUCACUGAUCUAUGUGAAUGGCGUGGGACCAUUCGACUGCGAAAUUCCUGAUAACACUAUGCGUCCCCAGAGGAAUGAAGACAGCACGACCCUAGAGUCAGAGAAGCUUCCCAGUAAGGAGUCCACAUACUGUGAGGUUCGGCUCAUUCAAUUUACCAACGACGGUAAUGUGCACCGCGGUUGUUGCGUGGAUGGGGUCGCUAUUUUUGAUAGCCGAACCUCAAGUCUUCACUCUUCGGUGCCCAAAGAUAGGAAUCAAAAGCCGCUAGAGAAAUUGCAAUCAGAUCGUCAGGUAGUGAACAGAAAGCUUCAGACGCAGGACGAAAAGGAGCUUGAGAACGACAGUGAAGGUACGCGCUAUAAUGAACGGGAGCUUAAGGACUUGGAUAAAGAAGACGAUGAUUACGAUUAUGAUACCGACGAGGCGGAUAACUUGGAUUCCGGGGAGGAGAAUGAGAAUGAUGAUUACAGUGACUAUGGAUAUGAUGAAGAUGAUGAAGAUGUUGAUGAAGACGAUGUUGAAGACGAUGAAGAUGACGAAGAUGACGAGGAUAACGAGGACGAUGAGGACGAUGAGGACGAUGAAGAUGAGGAUGACGGAGAGGUUGAUGGAGAGUUUACACCAGACAUUAAGGCUGAAUCACCUCUAGAGAAGUAG